AUGGCUAUCGAAGCAGCCCCGCACCCGGGUCUUGAGACUCAGCAGCACGAGGAGUUUAUCGAUUACUCUGAAGACGAUUCGGCAGCACCUGUCAUCUCCUCCAAAGGCUCCAACAGCAACUCGUUCUCCUCCACCGUUAAAUUCGUAGUCGAUCCGUCAGAGAACCCAGAGGAAUUGCUUUCAAACACAGACCACCAAAGUCAAGCUAUCGACCUGCAGGUAGAAGCUGACUCUGAGGCCAUAUCCGUGAUCGCCGACACACACUUUGAUGGCGACGGCGCGGACUUCUUCGACGCAGAUGACACCGAAGCUGCCAACCAGCUCGAUGCUACGGAAACCGAUGGUGGUUAUUUUGAUGACACCGAAAACCCUGGCGAGGCCAAGGUUACGGAACAUGAGGGUAUUGACAUGAACGAAAAUGAAAUCAGCUGGGAGGAUGGACCGAGCAAUGAGCAAGACGCAGAGAAAGAUAACAGCAACAAAAACAACGACAUCGCCAAGCCUAUCAAUGACGACUGGCAGCUAGUUGGCGAAGGAGAACACGCCGUACACGAUGCCACAAACUCCAACGAGGACGUUUCCGACCACGGGGAAGCGGAGAGCCAUGAGACUGACCACGCACUAGAGGUCCAUUCCAAUGCAUCUGGAAAUCUUGCUGAAGAAACAGAAGCAACGUCUGGUGUCAACGUUGAUCCUGUCUCGGGGGGAGAACAAGCGGCCGGAAGCUAUGAUUCGAAGGCGGAUGGCGAUGUGAACGAGAUAGAAUAUCCCGAAGACCAGGACAUCGACAACUCCGUCGAUGCCUCUCAAGACGGUCACGACGCCCGGGCCGAUGGUCAGAAUGCUAUCCAGGAGGGCCUUGGCAACGCUGCCAGCAAACAAGUAGACGCCGAGGAUCAUGUCAUGGGCGAAGACUUUGAAUCACAGCUCGAACAAGUGAUCGAAGGCAGCAUAGCAGAGACUGAUGGUGUCAACGAAGAACAUCACGAUAGCGAGGUUGCCGAUGUUCCAGUCUACGCCGCACCAGACGAAGAGACGUCAGACCGCGAGCAUGUGGUAUAUGAUGAUGAAAUGCUUGCCGAUGCACGGUCUUCAGUUUCAGCAGAGACGCCGUCUAAUGAGGACAUGGAUAUACCUGUUAUCACAGUCUCAUACAAGGGCAUCGACUAUCCCUUCUUUUACGGCGCGCCGGAUAGCGAGGGCAAGGAAUGCUUCUUCAAUGACCUUUCCCUUUUGCACUGCAAAAUGGAAGGAGUAUUGGCUGGCUUCCGUCGAGAACUUGCCAGCGAACUCGGUCCACUUGACGAGCUUGUGUUUCAAAUCGACGAGCUCGGACUUGAGUUUGCCGAAUCUACCCAGUCAGAUGUCUUUUCCGACAUCACAUUGGGACAGAUCAUAUCUGUUUUUGACUCGUUGGUCAAGAACCAGAACCCUGACGCAUCGAAGCCACUCUACGCGUAUCUUUCAACUCGGCCGAACUGCAAGAAACGAUGGCUCUCUCUCGUCGAUGAUGCUUACAAUGGCAAGGGUCUUGAUGAAAUCAGUUUUUACUUCGCAUCCAGGGCGCAGAGCGAAGCUCCUGAAAUCAUUGAUGACGAUGAACCUGACCUGAUUGGAGAAGAAGACAAUGCCGAUGCUGCUGCAUGGCCACAGUCCCCUGGCGAGAGCGAGCACGGUGACCAAGACGAUGUCGAGGUCCAGCGUGAAAGUGCUGAGAUCAACGAGGAGACCAACGACGAUAACGAUGUUGGCGAUGGCAUCGCCGUAGACGAUGGCCUGCAGCCGCAAGGCGCUGUUGACAAGCAUACCCUCGAGCCAGAUGCAAGUGCUGCAGAAGAUGUGGACGCCGAAGCGACAAUGGUCGACACUGAAGUUUCUCUCAUGGAUGAUUCUGCCACAGCCGAGGCUGUUCUUACUGUUGAAGCCGCCGAAGUGGCAGACGUGGCGGAGGACCAGCAGCCUCAGCAUCACGAGGAGAAUGGUAAUACCGACUGUUUUUUAUCAACUCCUUGUUUUCGCCCCAAUUUUUGUCUCUGCAUCACUUGCGCUUCGAGCUUCAAUGCGGACCAGAUGGUGGAAGAAGACAGUCUGCGAUACGAAUCUAUGGUGCAGAUGAUCAGAAAGUCUGCUCAACGACAAAUGGACUUUGUACUCGAUUAUUCGCAUCUAGACGUUUCCAGGGGGCAUUGUACCAGAGUAGCCCCUCGUCACUUGCAUUCUCAUUCUGAUGUUAGCAUGGCUUUUUCAUCAACCACGGACGCUGACAUUACACUCCAAGCUCUAGAAGUCGAUAUAUCCAACCCACUGGUGUGGGAUGCGGAGGAAGCCGAUGCGUUUACUACUGCUGAAGACACUCAGCCCUUCCUAAAUGAUGAGGACCUCAUGCAAAACCUGAACCAGAUCGCCGAAGGCGUCGAUGGGAUUUCAGCAGACAAGGUAACCCCCAAUACCAGUGCCACAUCGACUCUGAACGGCGACGAAGAGGUCAACUACGAUAAUGAGCUUGAUAUCAAUGCCGACCUUCCUGAAGACGAGAUUGAUGCCCCUGAGGUGCCUACCCAGGACGACGAACUGGCAGAGAUCGAUUGGAGGGAGUUCCCUGGACAAGACGAUGGUGUCGCGAAGUCUCCUUCGAUCUCUAGCAAACGCCCGAGAUCGGAUGUGGACGAUGUGCUGGAUGACGAAGCCCAGAAAGACGUCAAGCGUCGUCGGUCUUAG